CGCGAGGAGGGAGAAAAAGGGGAGUGGAAAGUGACAGGCAAGAUGGCUGGUGGAAACAUGACCCUGGACUCUGUUGCAGUUCCAUCAAACCAGAGCAGCUGUGAUGUGUUUGUAUACCAAAGAGCCGCAGUGGUCCUUUUCCCCAUUUUCUACUCUGUGGUAUUCAUCAUCAGCACAUGCGGCAACAGUUUGGUUCUCCGUGUCAUCUGCCAGAGAAAACAGAAGUUCAACUCCACCUCCAUUUAUCUGGUCAACCUUGCUUUAUCUGAUGCUCUGUUCACACUGGCACUUCCUGGGAGAAUUACCUACUACAUCCGUCACUUUGACUGGCCUUUUGGUGACCUUCUCUGCAAAGUGACCACACUUCUUUUCUUUACAAACACAUAUGCAGGUAUCGGCUUCAUGACCUGCAUCAGCUUGGACAGAUACCUGGCCAUGGUGCAUCCACACCGGCUGCAGUGUUUAAGGAGUGUAAAGGUUGUUCGAAGGGUGUGCUGCCUGGUCUGGGCUCUAGUUUUUCUGGAGGUAGCGCCUCUGCUGUUCCGCAGCAUGCUGCAUGAGCAUCAGGGAAGACGAACCUGCAUGGAGUACUUCAACUUCGAGGGCUCCCGCUUCACUCCGUAUCUUCUGAUUCUGGCCUGCGUUGUGUCCUUCUGCUGCCCGCUUACCAUUAUCAUGUGCUGCUAUGCCAAGAUCAACAUUAAACUGCGAGAUGCAGCUAAAAAGAACUCUGUAACUGGUCGCUCAAGGAGGAAUCACAGGGCCAACACUAUUAUUCUGCUCAUCCUCCUCACCUUCAUCGUAUGUUUUAGCCCUUAUCACGUCAAUGUCAUCCAGUUUAUGGCCAGAAAAAUACACCACCAGCCAACCUGUGAAGAACUGAGAGCCUUUAAAGUGUCUUUACAGAUUACCGUUUCGUUAAUGAACUUCAACUGCUGCUUGGAUCCAGUCAUCUACUUUUUUGCCAUUAAGACAUACAAGAAGAGAGUGAUGAGCCUGUUUAAAGACUAUCUCUAUACUUCCGGCGCCUCCUCCAAAAUGACAGCUGAGAACAGCAGCAGCAACACCUGAGAAACCACAGCUGAUUCUGCAAGAUGCACAUAUAGAACAUAUGCCACAGACCUAUUUUCCCAUGCUAAACUAAAAAAGAAAGAAAAAGAAAAGGGCUUUAUUUUACGUAGUCUCUUCUGCUGAUGUGUUUUUUUAAAUCCCUUCCAUCUAAAAUAUAUAUCAAUUGUGUAUGGACACAUGCAGUGUAUGUGCCUUAAUUUAGCUGUAAAAAAAUGAACUAAAUCCUUGUUCUGCUGUUAGUGUUGCACCCAGUAUUUGUUUGUACUGUAUGUAUUGCCAAGUGGUUUUGUUGUUGUUGU